AUGUCAUUUGCGGGGCCCAACCCGGAGCGGGAUGGUAUUCGAGCAUCCAAAGUGCUUUCCAAAGAAGACGAUGCCGAGGUAAGAGACGGCAUCUUUGAUCGCGGGUACGAUCACGACCCUAAAGAUGGCUUGCCCCAAGUCAUGAUUGGGAAUAGUCACACGGGCUGUCAAGGCUCAUAUUUUCCAAGAGCAAAUGGCCGCGCAGCCAGAAUCACGUUUCGCCAUGGCAGCUUGAAGAGGGCCACGAAAUGCGGUUGUCUCGUCAAGAGCGGGCCUGGUGCCUUUACAGACGAUCUUCCCAAAGAACUAGUGGAGCACGGAGUAAAGCUUGUCGCUGAGCAAAAGCUCGAGACCAAGUUUGCAUCCAUCAUCAUGAUGAAACUGUAUCUAGGCUUAUAUGUUCCCGAAUCAGUUCGAGGGACAUAUCCAGAAGGUAGACGAUGUUUGGCUAAAAUGGAUGAAAACAGUGGUCGCUUGCUUUCACCCAAGACAACAAGUCCCGAAAGAGGGCAGAGAAAGGUCCCAGCCAAGGAAGAAAAGGUUGUUAAAAAGCCGCCAUGGAGAGGACCAUGA